CAGGGGGAGUAGUCACAGCUGGAAGGAUAAUAAGAUGCGCAUGAAUUUACAAUCUGGAAUAAAAGAUAAGAGAAAAUAAAUGGACGGCUCGGUUGGUCUCAGCGCGCCCGUGUGUAACAGUAAAGUUGGUAUUUAUUGUACGUAGACUACGACGCUGCGCUUUGGUGUGUGACUUCCAAAAAAAAAGUGCAGCAUAAUAAAACUUCAGGCUCCGCUUUCCUCAGUUGAUGGAGUUGAAAAGUUUCUUCAGUCCACUCACAAUGGAAAGAAAAGCGCCCUUCGCUGACUGUGAAGGUUUCCUGUGGUCAGAGUGGAUUACUGACUUCAGUAAGGAGAAGGAACACCACUCCAGGAUAUGAAGUUUGUGGCGGUGGUUUUACUGCAGAAGCCUGUGGAUUGUUCAGAGAGCUUUUCUCCAUCACCUGCCCACUUCAUUAAUGAGUGUGUGGUGUGUGAGCUCAGGUGGGCGGAUUGGUUAUUACCCUCUUAAUUUCUGAAAAAAACAAUAAAAAAACCCCCCCAAAAAACAAUGUCACUUUGAUAAACACGUACAGUGCUGAGUCACUACGACUGAUGAGGACCAGAGAUCCCCCCCUACUAGGAGUUCAUCCAUAGAAGUCCAGCUGUGCUUUUUUUUGUAUCACCCCUCUCUGAAUUUUCCACAAUUCAGCAUUUCACGUUGCCAUUGGAAGAAACCCAAUGUCUGCCUCCUCUCCCCCAUCCUUACCUCGAGCCUUCCUCCACUCUCUCCAUCCGCACCACCCGUCCUCGUCGCCGAGCCCGCCUGGGCCGCUCUACACGCGGCUGUCCAACGGCAGUCACAGCGCCCCCAGCCCCACCAACUCCCGCAGCUCUUUCCAUGGGGUGUCCUUCCUGCUGCAGAUCGGACUGACCAGAGAGACGGUGAACCUGGAGGCCAGUGACCUGUCGCUGUCUGCUGUGAAGGACCUGGUGUGCUCCAUAGUGGACCAGAAGUUCCCGGAGUGUGGCUUCUUUGGCAUGUACGACAAAAUCCUGCUGUUCCGCCACAACUUAAAUGACGAGAACAUCCUGCAGAGGCUGACCUCAGCAGAAGAAAUCCAUGAAGGAGACCUCAUUGAGGUGGUGCUCUCUGCUCAAGCAACAGUUGAAGACUUCCAGAUCCGACCCCAUGCCCUUUUUGUCCACUCCUACAAGGCCCCCACCUUCUGCGACUACUGUGGGGAGAUGCUGUGGGGUCUGGUCCGGCAGGGGCUCAAAUGUGAAGGAUGUGGGCUAAACUACCACAAGCGCUGCGCCUUUAAGAUCCCAAAUAACUGUACCGGUGUGAGGAAGAGGCGACUGUCUAAUGUCUCACUGCCUGUACCCUCCCUCUCCGUCCCCCGACCGGUACCUGCUGAGAAUGCCGUGGUCGUCCUGGAUGAGCAGAGGUCCCAUCAGGAGGCAGGGAAGCGGAUCCUGUCCUGGAGCGGCAGGCCUAUCUGGAUGGAGAAGAUGGUGCUGGGACGGGUUAAGGUGCCGCACACCUUCGCCAUUCAUACCUACACUCGGCCCACUAUCUGCCAGUACUGCAAGCGUCUGCUCAAGGGUCUCUUUCGCCAGGGCAUGCAGUGUAAAGAUUGCAGAUUCAACUGCCAUAAGCGGUGUGCUUCAAAGGUACCAAGAGACUGUUUAGGGGAGGUGGACUUCAAUGGAGAGCCAGCCAGCCCUGGCCCAGAUUCAGACACUACCAUGGAUACUAUGGAGGUGGACAGUAGUGAUAUGGAUGGCGGCAGAGGGCUGGAUGACCCAGAGGAACCCUCAACACCAGAUGAGAGGAUGUUUGACAUGGAUUCUCCCUUAUUGGAUAGAGAGAAGGAUGAAGAGCCCAUCAAGACCAUAAGUCCUUCCACUAGCAGCAACAUCCCUCUGAUGCGGGUGGUCCAGUCCAUCAAACACACCAAGAGGCGGAGCUCCACUGUUGUGAAGGAGGGCUGGAUGGUUCAUUAUACAAGCAGGGACAACCUGCGGAAGAGACAUUACUGGAGGCUGGACAGCAAGAGUCUGAGUCUCUUCCAGAACGACACCGGAGCCAAGUUCUACAAAGAAAUCCCUCUGUCCGAGAUCCUGCAGGUAGAACAGUCCAGAGACUACAGUAAUCUGGCCCAGGGCAGCAACCCUCACUGCUUCGAGAUCAUCACAGCAACAAUGGUCUACUAUGUAGGAGAGAACAACGGCAGUCACUACCACAGCCCCGCACUGGCUGCCUCGGGAGUCGGCAUGGAAGUAGCCCAGGGAUGGGAGAAGGCCAUCAGACAGGCCCUGAUGCCCGUCACCCCCCAGCCCAGUGUGGCCAGUGCUGCUGGCCAGGGCAAAGAUCACAAAGAGCUGUCCAUCAGCAUAUCUGUGUCCAACUGCCAGAUCCAGGAGAACGUGGACAUUGCCUCUGUGUACCAAAUAUUUUCUGACGAGGUGCUGGGGUCAGGCCAGUUUGGCAUCGUGUAUGGAGGCAAACACAGAAAGAGCGGCAGAGAUGUGGCCAUCAAAGUUAUCGACAAGAUGCGAUUUCCCACGAAGCAGGAGAGCCAGCUAAGGAAUGAGGUUGCCAUUUUACAGAAUCUGCACCACCCAGGUAUCGUCAACUUGGAGUGUAUGUUUGAGACGCCAGAGCGGGUCUUUGUUGUCAUGGAGAAGCUGCACGGCGACAUGCUGGAGAUGAUCCUGUCCAGCGAGAAGAGCAAACUGCCUGAACGAAUCACCAAGUUUCUAGUCACACAGAUCCUGGUGGCCUUGAGACAUCUGCACUUCAAAAACAUUGUUCACUGUGACUUGAAGCCUGAGAAUGUACUACUAGCCUCUGCAGAGCCCUUUCCUCAGGUGAAGCUGUGUGACUUUGGCUUUGCCCGUAUCAUCGGUGAGAAGUCGUUCCGGCGGUCUGUAGUGGGCACUCCGGCUUACCUGGCUCCAGAGGUGCUGCGCAGUAAAGGCUACAACCGCUCCUUAGACAUGUGGUCAGUGGGAGUCAUUGUGUACGUCAGCUUGAGCGGGACAUUCCCUUUUAAUGAGGACGAGGACAUUAACGAUCAGAUCCAGAAUGCUGCAUUCAUGUACCCACCUACACCCUGGAAGGACAUCUCUGCAGAAGCCACAGAUCUCAUCAACAAUCUUCUCCAAGUCAAGAUGAGGAAGAGGUACAGUGUGGACAAGUGUCUCAGCCAUCCCUGGUUACAGGACUAUCAGACAUGGCUGGAUCUCAGGGAGUUUGAGACGCGGCGAGGCGAGCGCUACAUCACCCACGAGAGCGACGACGCACGUUGGGAGGAGUACGCAGACGAGAACAGUCUCGUUUACCCCAAACAUUUUAUCAUGGCUCCCAACCUGGACGACAUGGAAGAGGACCCCUAGUGGCACGGGGGACUUACUGCACCACAUGUGUGUGUGUGUUAAGGACAAGGAUUGUCAUCAGGACUUUUUGCAUGAAGCUUUGGGAGCGGUGGAUUUUCCCCCCAGGACUGUUUGUUGUGGAAACAGAGAGAAGCCAAUCAGGUAGAGAAUUACUCACCAUAGGCUUUGAAAGCGGGGAAAACCCGACAGGAAUCGUAGCAUGGAGCACCGUGACACGCAGCAGGCAGGCGGAGAUGCGUGCCACAGAAACGCAUUAAAGAACUGUCAGGAGAUAAGAGUGUUCCCUCCUCCUUUUUUUUUUGCACAAUAUCAAAACAUUCCAUGGAUUUGCUCAAGAACAAUCACAAAGCCAAAAUACGCAAGGUGAACUUUAGUCAGUAAACAUACAAUUUUGAUUGGUUUUGAGUAAUAAUAUGGCUCUGUUCUUUAAGUAAGAGAGGAGAUCAGAGAGAUAUCUUACACCAGGAGUAAAGGGCACUUUUCACAAGGGAUUUACAGCAUGAGAAUCAAACACAGAGUUUAUUCUCAUCUCCAGACUGUUUGUGAGACUGUCCUUUGGCAUGAAACUGGAACUAUCACAUGUAUUUGUAUGUCUUUUUUUUUUAAUGUAUUUAGUAAUUGUGGUAGGUUUUUGCACUAUAUUACCACUGAACAUAGCAACUGAAUAGUAACGCUAUUCGCUGCUACAGAGAGCAAACAGCUUUUGAGGGUCCAGUCUGGGUGCAAAGUGUUAAAGAGUGGUAACCAGUAGAAAGCUGAUGCAGCUCACAUACUAUUGGCUGUUAGAGUAUGUUUAGUGGCAGCUAAUUAGCGUGUAUGUUUCACCAGCUUUCACCUGGACAAAGUGACAAACAGACCCUGACCAAACAUGUUAACAAAAACUAUUCAUUUCAGUGUUUCCAAACUAUUUUUUCUUAAUUAACGUUGUUCAUUACUAAAUUGCUGCAAGACCGUAGCCCUGAACGUUGAGUAAAUGCAAUAAUGGAGCCAAUACUUCUAUUCAACAUGAAGUUAAAAUCAGCAAUGGACUCUAUGUUAGAGUAUCAUGCUUCUGUGUACCCUUUACUUUUUCAGUAUGGUUGAAUGUGACUCCAUUUCUGAAUUACUGUAUGUGUUUUUGAUGCUCUGUUUCCAACCUAGGUUUUUACACAGAACAAAAUAUUGGUGUCCAUUUUCUUGUUUAUUAUGUCGUCAGGACCAUUUCAACAGCCCUUUUGUCUAGACAGUAGACAUCGUGGAAACGAAGUAUAAUUACAGUUCGGUUCACAUGGGAGUUUAUAGUGCUACCGUUUUGUUAUUUGCUUUAUUGGUGUGUUUUGGGAGUACGUUCCUGUUUCCUGUUGUCCCUUUCCCGUCUUUGUUGCCGCUGGAUUGGCAGGUGUCAGUGUUUUGUAUAUUUCAGUUCAUACCAGUGGAAUAAAAACCCAACGUCUUAACUGAGAAUUAAAGUUUUCUUCUGGCUGUCUUCCUGUUCACGCUCCUGACUUUAACAAUAGAUUUUGGGUUUCAGUGCCUCGGCACUGCUUAUGCAUGCAUGCAUAAAGCCGCCCCGGGUUGUAGCUUUGUGUAUGUUCUGUUGUGAUGUAUGAGUGUUGUGUGUAGUGGUUUCACAUGUCAGAUCCCAUUCUCAGCAGCUGGAUGUGAUUGUUGCACCACACUGAGCAGCUUGCCCAGCCAGUCGCUCACCGCAAGGGAGUAAUGACAUAGUUAAAGAGGGUGGUGGUGAUGUGGGGGUUUGUGGAAGACUUUGAAAUCGCUCAUGAUAAAUGCUAUCAUGGAAUCCCUUCAAGUAUCAAACGUGUGUUCAACUCCAGCCAUAUGAAUAAAACGUCUAAUUUCUGGACUGUACUUCUGAAUGGGCCU